GCUGUCGCCAAUAUAUAAAACCCGGCCUUUAACCGGAGCAGUUGGCAUACAAUGCUUAUUCAAAGUUCGAGCAAACAAGGCCGAGAUCGGCUCCCAACAACGUUUUAAGUCAAAGAUUCUAAAAAGGAGCCCUAUUGAUUUCUUUGUAGAGAUACAUCGAAGUUGCGUUACGGCAGUACUUGUAUUUUAAGCAGUGGUGUGUGACACGACAUAGCACGCGGUUUUUGUGUUUCUCGUUUGUCUGCGCGUGUCUUAUUUUUUCGGAAACAAAAUGCUACAUCGGACUAUCUUCUAUAAACGUAGAACCAAAAGGUCUGCACGACAUCGUAUCGAGUUAGCUGCUGUCGCCAAUAUAUAAAACCUGGCCUUUAACCGGAGCAGUUGGCAUACAAUGCUUAUUCAAAGUUCGAGCAAACAAGGCCGAGAUCGGCUCCCAACAACGUUUUAAGUCAAAGAUUCUAAAAAGGAGCCCUAUUGAUUUCUUUGUAGAGAUACAUCGAAGUUGCGUUACGGCAGUACUUGUAUUUUAAGCAGUGGUGUGUGACACGACAAAGCACGCGGUUUUUGUGUUUCUCGUUUGUCUGCACGUGUCCUAUUUUUUCGGAAACAAAAUGCUACAUCGGACUAUUUUCUCGGCGAGAUCUGUGUCUGUUUUUCUCGGAACUACACUACUGUUUUAUGUUGCUUUAAUUGGUACCGGAAAGGGACCAAUCAAUAUGAUAAAUAACCUAAGUAUGCAGAGUCUAUUCUGCCUAUCGGAUCCCAAACCAAUUCACCUUACAGACCACUAUUACAUCACAGAAAAUACCCGGAUGCGGCUGGUGCUAGCCUAUAUGAGAGGGGGGUCCACUCUCACGGCGGACAUUGUGCGGCACACAGAGGCUGAUUUCUAUCAGUUUGAGCCCCUCCAUGGCAUUACGAUCGCCGUGAAGGAAAACAGACCCGUGCAGUUUCUCAAUGGAACGAUUAGAAAUAUCACAAAAGAGGAGCUGGAAUCGGUUUAUACGGAAAUGAUUUACCACUGGUUCACAUGCAACUUCAAAAAUAUUGAUCUUCCUGGACUCACCGAUUCUUUUAUUAAGAUCUUCACACCUGAACAUGGGAAAUAUUACUCGUGUAUCAAUCCAGUCAAAACCACAAAAAGCAAACUAGACCUCGUAAAGCAAUGCAUUCCAAUAUUACACCUCAAAUGUCUCGAGUCGAAAACUCGGACGUUGAAAACAAUUCGAUUGACGGUGUCUAUGGCGGGAAAACUUUUAAAAUGGCUACCUAGGCUUCAAGUUCUUCAUUUGAUACGAGAUCCUCGUGGGAUAAUAAAUUCGCAGUUCGAGCAGGAGAUAACGGAGGGUAAAAAUGUAUCAAUUGCUUCAAAAGACUUAUGUCAAACCAUGUCUACAAAUUUAAAUUCAUAUAAAGAACUAGAACAGUGCCAUGGAAGUAGAAUGCUAGGGGUGGUGUAUGAAAAUUUGUGCCAGAAUCCUUUUAUUGUUGUGCCAAAGAUAUUUAAAUUUUUUCAUAGCAAUUAUUCAACGCGUGUUAGAGACUUUGUGAAAAAGUUAAUGCAAGGACCCGUUAAGGCCUGUGACUACUGUACAGACAGGGGAAAAGCCCUCGCCAAUGCUUAUCGUUGGAUAUCAAUUAUCCACAAAAAUGUUUUGAAAAUCGUCGAUAAACAUUGCUCUUUUCUUUACUCGAAUCUGGGAUAUAAACAAUUGGACUACAACAAACUGAAUGUAACGAAAACAUCAUGGAAAUCCCUAACAAGUUCUUCCAUAGGAUACCGGUAUUCGUGAUACAGUGUUCAAUAUUUUAUUCCACAUAUUGUAAAGUCAUAAUGUAUGCCCCGUGUAAUGGCUCACAUGUUGCCUAGUAACUGCUUGUGCCUUGGUUUGUCAGUGAACCAAUAAUUUUAAAACUGGAUAAGAAGAAAAGAACCGUAAUCAGUUGCAAAGACAUGCUAUUUCAACGAUUACCGUUUUGUAUCAUAUACGUUUGAUUUCAAUGAUGUUAAGAGAUUAUGUACUUCAAACCAUGACAAGAAGAUGCCUCUUGUUGAUUUUUCAGUCUGACCUAGUGAUUUACUUCGUUGUUGCACUGAAAUACAUGUAGCAAGAACUUACAUUUAUUCGUCAAAGUGUUAUUGUUAUGGUCAACAGAACCCAGAGCCGACCGAUGCUAUACCGAAGUGGUCUUUAGCUCUGUAGCCACCCCAGUAAUUCUUAAAUUUAUACGAUAGACACCAGUGAAAAUACCUCCUUAUUUUAGUAGAAAGUGCUUUGAUUUUCUUAAAUAAUUUAUUUUAGGGUAUGUCAUAAAGUCAUCGCCUCAUGAUUUAAGAAAAGUUAUUUGACAUUAGUUCAUAAAAUCGUCUAACAAAGUCACCUUCAUCUCAUUCAUUGACCACGUUACCUCUGAGUUGGCUGUUAGUUGUCAAUAUUGGUUUUUACUUGAUACUCAUUUCAUAUCGUCUUUUAUUUACCAGUUGAGUAUAUUUUGCCGUUCCACGGGUUUUCUAUGUUAUUUUAUGCGCACUAUGUUAAAUUGAUCACUCUUGUUGAAAUAGUUCAUGUUCAGAACCUUGUUAGUUUUUCAUCCCGAUGCCUUUUUCUAUUAGUACAAAAAUAAAUGUUUAACUCGUCUGAUACGUUAUAAAGUACUAAAGUAUGAUAUGGUAGCGUUAUAGUUAUCAGUGCUUUCAAAAUCUUGGCGGAGUAAUGCUAUAUUGACUAUACUUCCGUCGGUGCCCAUGUUUUUCCUCUAGCCUCAGGUUAAUUAUAUUUUUAUGACGUCACAUUUGUAGAUUGUCAUUUUAUUUUAGUGAUCUCAUUUUUGUGCAUAAGAUAGAUUUAUUCUUAAAGAAAUUCAAUGCCUUUUUGAUAAUGUUGGCAGUCUAAAAUCAACAUUGUUACUGUGUUUUAUAUUCAGAAGCUUUAUUGUCAACAUCAUGUGCUGGUACAGGGAAUUUUUUAAUUUUUAAUUCAAUGAUACAAGUUUAAAAAAAAAAUACCGCCUCCAACAAAUUUUUGACACUUUUCCAAUAAAAAGCUUACGAAGCGAAGUGUUCAUUAUAAUUGAUUUUAUAAUAUUUCAUUGUUUGGUUAGUUUUUGAUAUGAAUCUGUCGUUUUAUGUUUUAUACAACGUUGAAUAAAGUUUUCGAACAGCAUGAA